AUGGGGAAGAAAAUGAAGCUUCCAUUUCUGUUCAGAAGCUCAGAAGCAUGGCCGCCAUGGCCGAGCUGCGGCUUUAUUGGCAAUCCCAAAACGCUUUCCUUCCGAGCCGAUGGCGACAGUCACAGCAUGUUAAAGACUCUGAACUCGGCGUAUGUGGUUGAUGGAUGUUCCUCCGUGAGUUGGGGUGAGUCUCCGGCGGCGGCGGCGGCGGCGGAGAGCUUCUCGUCGGCACCGGAAAGUUUUGGUGAUGGCGGCGAGUGUGUAGAGAAUGUGAUUCGCCGGUUGAGGUCGUCGGAGAGGCUGUUCUUCGAGCCCGGGGGAGCGAGAUCCUCGAAGCUGUUGGAAGAGGAAGAUCGGCCGCCGAGGGUGGCCGCCGGUGGCGGCGGCGGUGGCGGGGAGAGUUUUGUGUUCAAGGAGAGUGUGGAGAUGGAAAUCGCUUCUAGAAACCCUUUUGCUGAUUUCAGGAGAUCAAUGGCGGAGAUGGUGGAAGCCCACGGCGGCGGGUUUCCUCAAGAUUGGAAGUUUCUGGAAGAUCUCCUGGCUUGCUAUCUGAGAAUCAAUGGGAAAAGCAGCCAUGGAUACAUAGUUGGAGCUUUUGUGGACUUGCUGGUUGAGCUUUUCAUGAAUCAGAGUUUAGCCAAUGAAGAAUCUGACACCAUUAAUGUCGCUUCUUCCUCUUCAUCCAUGGCUUCUUCUUCUUCUUCUUCUUCUUCAUUAACAUCUUCAAUCAAUACUUAUAGCCAUUGUCAACUAUCUUCCUCUUCUUCUUCUUCUUCUUCUACUACCCAUUCCUUCACCUCUCCUUUAUCUUUUUGUUCUUCUUUGUCUUUGCUAGAGGAAGCUGAGGAUGAGACUGAGAAUCCCAUAGACAAUGCAUCUUCAUCUUCAUCUUCAUCUUCGUCUCCACAUUUUUCUUGA